GCCCAGGCAACCAACCAGCAAACCUACUUACGAAGUCUAUUGGUAUAGGGCGUGUUUUAACAGUACGCAUUUUCGAGCAUAUUCGCACCGGUUUGCAGGGACGGCACGGUCUCACCAUCCUUGUUACAGUCACCACUGAGCGCGCGCUGAGGUCAAGUACCUGCCUAAGCAACUUUUAUGAACGUCGCAAGUAGUCGAACGUUGAUGCGGUUAGGCUUGCACCGGGGCGUGCACAUUUCUGCCGUGGGCCCUGCCGUUACCCGCUGCGUCCGGCAAGCAUACGCAACCUCCAGACUGAGCGGCUCGUCCGCAGAUACCCUUAAACGCACACCGCUUAGAGUCGCUUUGGCGGCCAUCGGAGCCUCAGCUAUGGGCGCCGGGCUGGUCUACGGCCAUGCUGCUGCCGAGGUCGAUGACGCUGAUGUGCGCACUGCGCGCGUGGCUGUGAUGUCCACACCUGCCUGCCCCUACUGCAAGCGCGCUAAGGAGGCUCUGACUUCUGCCGGUAUUGCUUUUGUGGACGUAAAUAUUGGGGCGGAUGAGGCGCUACGGCAAACAGUCCGCGAGCUGACCGGAAAGCGCACUGUUCCUCAGAUAUUCGUGGGGGGCCGCAGCAUUGGCGGCUGUGACGACUUGCUAGCUCAGCUAGCCGAUGGAUCCUUCCAGCAGCACCUAGCCGAGGCAUCCGCACCAGCUGCAGCGGAAGCGGAAGCGUCGGGCGAUAAAAUUGGAUCUGGAUCCGGAUUUGCCGUACCGCCCGAGCUGCUAGCCGCAAUCCAGGCUGCACAGCAGCGAGCCGUGCAAGCACAGGAUGUGUCUGCCGCUGCUGCCGGAACCUCCACCGCCGCCAGUCGGCGCCUGCGGGAGCUUGCAGCUGGGAUGGCUCGGGAGCCUCGAGAGGGCGGAAUACCGCGGGAGGAGCGGAAAAUAGGGAGCCGUACCUUCCGAGUCUUCUCCCUAGCUCAGCUGCGGCAGUGGCUGGCGGCGGAGGCGGCCGACCCCGACCCGCCCGCCACCGCUGCACAGCUGCUGGCGGCGAACCUAAUCACGCCGGCGGCAGCGGAUUGUACGGCAGCGGCGGCGGCGGCGACGAAGGUGGCAGCCGCGGCUGGGAAGGGGGGUUUAGCGGAGGAGGGAGUGCUGUUGGCGCUGGUGUCGGAGGCUCCGCGGCCGGCUGCUGGCGAGGCGCUGAACACGCAGUACUGGUGGCAGGGGCCUGCUAGGCCGGCGUCAGAGGUGGCCGCAAGUCUGCGGCAGCUCAUCCUAGAGCUGUACGCCACACACCUCAGUCCCGACGGCCGGUCCGUGAGCUACGGUGCGCUGCGCAGUGACCCACGGUUCGCCGCCUUCGUCGCUGCCACUGCGGAGCUGCAGCAGGUGGACCUAGCCCCCCUGUCCCGAGAGGAGCUCAUUGCCUUCGCCAUCAACCUCUACAACGCGCUCAUCAUCCACGCACUGGUGGCGCUGGGCCUCACGCGCAUGACGGCUGCCCAGCGCUCCACCUUCUUCUCGCGCACUGCCAAGUACAACAUCGGCGGUCUUGACUUCAGCGCUGACGACCUGGAGCAAGGGGUGCUGCGGGGCAACCGCGCCGGCGCCACCCACCUGCUGAGCCUGCUGGGGCUGCCCCAGCUGGCCGGGGGCCACUUCAGCAGGGGGGACCCGCGGGCGCGCAAGGUGGUAUCGCCCAUAGAUCCGCGCAUCCACUUUGCGCUGGUGUGCGGCGCGCGCUCCUGCCCGCCCAUCAAGCUCUACUCGGCGGCCAACUUGGAGGAGGGGCUGGCGGCGGCGGCGGAGGCCUUCUGCGCCACGGAGGUGCAGGUGGACCGCGCGGCACGGGAGGUGCGGCUGUCCAAGAUCUUCAAGUGGUACGCCAUUGACUUUGGGUCAAACAAGCUGGAGCGCUUGUCGUACUUGGCGGGUUUCCUACCAGAAUGUGCGCGGGAGGACCUACUGGCGUUGCUGCAGGAGGCCAAAUCGGGUGUGGGCGACAUUCGCGUGUCGUACAAAGAGUACGACUGGAACCUGAAUGGCACGGACUAACGGGCAAGCGUUCUGUAUUUUUGGCAGUUAAGAAUGCUGCUGCGAGAGGUGAUGCUGGGAAGGUUUAACCAUGUUGCUGCCCUGUCCUCAAGUAUCCAGUGCACAAAACCCUUCAUAUGUUUACCGUAUAUGAAUCACGCAUAGGAACAUGCGUUGGUCGCCACGUACACCCAAUUAGCAUUAGCAUACCUGCAGGCCGUUCGACUGUUUGGGGGUAUUGGAGGACGUUGCAAGCCAAAUGAAGGGCGGGUACUGCGCCGCAUGUCAUAAUAGUUACAAUUGACAAGGACCAAUGGUGGUUACUCGCAGCCAUUUGAAUAGGCAGUAUGCGUAUGUACAGAUGACUCAUACGGCAAUAGUCCAUCCUGUCCUACGGGUGAUUCUUUCUGGCGACGUUCUACAAGGCACGUCCCAGGACCUCUGCCAAGAUAAUGGUCCGAGGCUACUGUCACAAUACGAUACUAGGACAAAGCUUAAGAAAGAAGAGCUUGUUCACACGUGAUCGCGCCCACACGUCAGGUGCAUAAUAAAUAUCAGCAGCAUCAUGCAUCCCGCGCACUGCCUCCGACCUUCAAACGCCAGGCCCUCAGCUAUAAAGGCCUAGACAAGCAAGCAAACCCAACGCAAGGACGUAGUCCUG